AGUUUCAACUGGUGGACCGAUAUUUGCGUUUUGGUACACCAGAAGUACAUUCAUUUCCAAUGGAAUGCUGCGUUUGCCUUUCAGCAUUGCGUUGCGGAGGCAGUUGCUGUGUGUUCUGUGUUGGAUUUAUCGAACGUAUGCGUCAAACUGUAUGGGUAAACGGGUUGGCAGAAAUGGUUGCAGAAGGUGAAUGUUGAACUUUUGUUGCACACAUAUCUAGAUGAUGCUGCAUACUAUUUUGCGCAAAGACACAGUCGGUGUGUUCAAAGCCUUACCGUCGUGGGCACGCGCCCAUGCAAGCAACCCAGUAAUAGCCUACAAAGCAGGCACAAUUGCGGAAAUAAGACUUUACCGUUUUUAAAUAAUGUUUGAGUCCCCUCGAAAAUCGAUAAAUGAACGGGACGCAUUGUCAGAGAGCCAGGAGGAAUUGAGCGAGACGCCACCGGUGUCUCCCGUGAGUACAGGCAACCGUGGGAAGAAGAACAAGACAACGCAACAACCACAACAACAACAACAACCCGAUAAACGCUCGGUCUCAGCUGCACAGCUUUGCGCCGUGGAGUCGUGUGAGCAAGAACAAGAACAGUCAGAGAAACCGUACACCGAUUAUGACACAGACGAACCGAUAGUGAGAGGGAUAUUUCAAAUAGGGAAGAAGAGUCACGACGUCCUUCUGUCAUCGACGAGGGUGACAUGGAGUCUUAUUCAGCCAGAGACCCCUACAGGUCAGUCAGAGACUCUGAGGCGUACAGAGUACGUGCAGCUGAAGGAUGUGUUUGGAGUGAAGGUGAAGAGACGUCGUUCUGCGGGCCAGCAGACAGCGGGCACUCUCUUGGGCAUCACUCUGUUUCAGUGUAAGAAGAAAGGACCCAAGCUGAAGGACCAUGCCAUUCACUUCAACAACAUGAGCGUGGACCACUGUGAGAUCUGGUUAAACAUUUUUAAGGAGAUACUCAGUGGUUUCCAGAACAGGCCCAAGUCCCUGAAGGUGUUAGUGAACCCUACCAGCCAUAAGAAAGAGGCCUAUCAGAUCUACAGAGACUAUGUUGCACCACUUUUUCAGCUAGCAGACAUCAAGGCUGAUGUCACCAGCUCCACUGACAUGGUGGCGUGUUCUGUCCAUGGCAUACGGCACCCUGUCACCGCUGCAAUGCACAUCAUCAUGGGUCAUCAUCAGGAGGUAGAUGUGUGUAGUUUCAGUUCUCUGGGUCGCCUCCUGCGUUUGGGCUUCUCUGCCGUGUUUGGUUUUGGUGGGCGGAUGCUGGCCAUGGCAGAAAGGCAUCGCUGGAUGCCACCUGGGCAGAGACGGGAGUUUGCUGUGAUCAAAACGCUAGCAAACCUCAAGCCUGAAGACUGUGAAUUAUCCUAUCUUCCUGUGAAGAAAGUCCAGACUGAGAUGCUGGAUCUAGUAAAUGUGACUCUGUCCAUCACUGAAACCCCACCCCCCUCCUUGGUCUUCUCUAGAAGAGCAAGAGUUGUGGAUGACCAACCAGGGUCUGUUCUUCAACGUCAGAAUCAUGGCCAUCCCCUGUCUCUAACACCAGGUAUGUGGGUCUCUCUUAAAACAAUCAACUCCUGCAUGUGUGAGUACAAUACAUGAAUACAAGCCUGCAUCUGUGCCUAGUAUAUGUGUGUUGUUGACUGAGCAUUGCGCAAUGUGCAUGACCUACGUCCUGGACCAGUGAUAAUGGCAUGGGGUUACCAAACUGCCAUGCUGUGCCGUGUUAUGCCGGGAAGGCCUGCCUGCUCCAAGACCUCUCCAUCUCGGUGUCCCCCUCCCAGAGUGCAAAGAACCUUGGCGUGACCCUGGACAACACC